UGAUACCAAGAAAGGGUCAUCGGCAUCCGCCAUUUUGUUCGCCGGCCGGGUAGAUUUUGAGACACCGAGAUUGUGUAAGAAAUCUCGAAAUGGCAGCGCGGAGAGUUGGUCAAAAGGCCAUUGAUUGGGCUGCAUUUGCGGAGAGAGUACCACCGAAUCAAAAAUCACAGUUCAAUGCUUUGAAAUCCAAGGCUGAUGCUUUAACAUCAAGGCUAAUGUCAAUGCCUGAGCAGCCAAAAGCGAUUGACUGGGCGCACUACAAGAAAGCCGUCCCCGUUGCCGGCCUUGUGGACAAGUUUCAAAAGCAGUUUGAUGAGGUGAAAGUACCCUACCCUCUGGAUACAGCCUCUGCCAAGAUCGAGCAGCAGUCCAAAGAAAUGGACACCAUGUCAGCUGAUUUCAAGAAGGGGUCUGAGCAACGCAUCGGACAGUAUGAAAAAGAGAUCCUCAAAUUCAAGACCAUGAUCCCCUUCGAGGAGAUGACCGUGGAGGAACAGGAGGAGUACUUCCCACAGAUGGAAGAGCGGAAGAAGAAGUACCCGUGGUGGCCCCACUACCCAGUCUGGGAGUAGAGGCUAGGCUCAGGGGGUACCGACACGCCCACCUCACAGGGUUCAUGGGGUCCUUUGGGCUCACGGGUUGGCAAAUAAAUAUUGAUUUAGGAAGUGGUUGCAGUGAUGAUGAUUGCCAUAACACGCUUGUUACAUCUGAAAGAUCAGUCUUAAUUGAGACCGUUCCAAAACUUUCAGUUUUAUUUAAAAGGGAACCGUGCUGGUCUCCAUUGGAACAGCCUGGGAAUGCUUGGGCCAGUUUUCAUGGAGGUGGUAAGCAGCAAAAGGUUACGGGAAUUUUGAUGUGCUAAGCAUAUUUAGCGGGGAACCAGUCAUAGCAAUAUACAUCACAUAGUUUGGCUGGUAGCCUACGACAGUCACAUGAUUGUCACAUGAUCGCUGUUACCUUUCGAAGUUGAUUGUUUAAACAAAGCUAUAAUCCACACACAACACAUUGGAAACUUUGUAACUUAAAGUGAACACAAGACUUACUUUCUGGUGUGUGAUGUAUUCUUUUAAAUGAACACCAGUUUUCAGUUUUCUAAAUACUAGAAAUAUUUUUGUCCCCUUCAAAAAGUCCAAUUUCAAACAAGAAAAACAUCAGGUAUUUAUCAGGACAAACCCUGUGAGUAUAGCGUUAUUUCAUUGAUUCAAAUUUGAGUUAGUUUUCUAAAGAGAGUUUUUAGAUUAAUCCCACAGAGUGAUUGAACUUAAAGUGUGCAUGUCCACAAUAUCAACAGAUUAAACAAAGAUUUUGAACUUUGCCAGAUAUGGAUAACGUUCUUCAACAGAAAGCCACCAAAUUGAAGUUGCUAAAGUUAGUUUCAUUGUGUGAAAUUCAUAGGCGAACUUUCAACAAAAUGGAGUUUAUUAGUUUUAGUGUGAAUAAAUACAUGAAUUAAUUUUUUGAAUUG